GAUCUUCGAUCUGAGCAGCGGAAGCAUGGAUGUUAGCGAGCCUCUGCUGGUGGAAGCGAGCGCUGAAAUUACCAACAGCGUCGGCCGUGAAAAUGAGACAGCUGAAGCAGCAGCAGCAGCAGCAGCCAACAUCGGCGGUGAUUCCUCUUCCAUCUCUGCCGUUCUCGUCCUCUCUAUCGUCGUUUUCGUUUGCGGUUCCUUCGCCAAUGGCUGUGCUGGUGGAUUUACAUCUCCUGCCGAGGAUGGUAUCAUGGGAGAGUUGGGCCUGUCAACUGCAGAAUACUCAGUUUUUGGUUCAAUAUACACAAUUGGAGGAAUGCUCGGUGCAUUGAUAAGUGGCAAAGUAUGUGAUCUCAUUGGCAGGAAACGGACUUUGCCUUUGAUGCAGGCAUUUUGCAUCCUGGGGUGGCUUGCUAUAGCUUUUGCACAGGCUGCUUGGUUGCUUGACCUUGGAAGACUAUCAACAGGAGUUGGAUUUGGGCUUUUCACUUUUGUGAACCCUGUGUACACUGCAGAAAUCGCACCUAAAAACAUACGAGGAGCAUUUACAUCACUUAGUCCGUUAUUAUUAGCCGGGGGUGCCUCGCUAAUGUUUCUCAUUGGCAAUCUCUUGUAUUGGCGUUACUUGGCUGUUAUUGCCAUUGUACCUUGUGCUUUCCAGCUUAUAGGUUCUUUCUUUGUCCCAGAGUCUCCAAGAUGGCUGGCAAAGAUUGGUCAAGAAAAGGAGGUAGAAACAACUCUAAAACACUUGAGGGGAAAGAAUGUUGACAUUUCUCAGGAAGCAGCUGAGAUCAGAAAUUUCGUGGAAAACCUUCAGCAACUCUCUGAAUCAAGUUUUUUGGAUCUUUUUCAGCGUAAAUAUGCCCGUUCACUCAUUGUUGGAGUUGGGCUAAUGUUUCUUGCACAACUUGGAGGGUUUACUGGGAUUUCAUUUUAUGCAAGUUCAGUUUUUGAAGCAGCCGGUUUGUCAAGCAGCAUUGGCACUACAUCAAUUGCUAUUAUUCAGAUCCCAUUCGCCCUCAUAGGUGUACUCUUAAUGGACAAAGUGGGGCGGCGGCCACUCCUAUUGGUCACAGCAGCAUGUGCAUUCUUGGGAAGCUUCCUUGCGGGAUUGGCUUUCCUUUUGCAGGACUUUGGCUUAGGGAAGGAGUCCACUGUCAUAUUGGUGCUGAGUGGAAUACUGGUGUACUAUGCCUCUUAUUCUUUGGGGCUGUAUGGUAUCCCAUGGGUUAUCGUGUCUGAGAUAUUUCCUAUGAACAUUAAGGGCUCAGCUGGAAGUCUUGUGAUCUUUGUCAAUUGGACCAGUAGUUGGAUUGUCACCUAUUCUUUUAACUUCUUAUUUGAUUGGAGCCGAGCAGGAAUAUUCUUCAUAUUCGCAAGUAUUUGCGGUUCAAUUGUCAUUUUUAGUUUGAAGAUGGUGCCAGAGACAAAGAAAAAAACACUAGAAGAGAUACAAGUAUCAAUGAUAUCUUAAUUUGCAUGAUCAAUAUUAAUUACAUUAUGCAUGUAAGCCAUCUUCUUAGUGAAAGAUAUAAAGGCCAAUUCUUAUUUGAUUCUAUUUCCUAUUGUUGAUUUUGAUUUUGAUGUGCCUGACAUUAAUGGAUGAUUCAAGGAUUUUUAUUUGUAUUUCAA